AAAAAAGAUCCUCGUUCCAUGCAAGGCGAGAAAGACGCCAUGGGCGAAGCGCUGCAGAAGAAGUUACAAGCGGAGCUGGAGAAAUAUCAGCAGCUGCAGAAAGAUAUGAGCAAAUGCAUGACGGCCCGUCAGAAGCUGGAGGCUCAGUUGACAGAGAACCAUGUAGUGAAGGAGGAACUGGACCUGCUGGACUCCUCUAACGCCGUCUACAAGCUCAUCGGGCCGGUGCUGGUGAAGCAGGACACGGAGGAAGCCAAAGCCACCGUCGGAAAGAGGCUGGACUACAUCACAGGGGAGAUCAAGCGCUACGACGCCCAGAUUCAGGACUACGAGCGGAAGUCGGAGCAGCACCGGGAGGCCCUGGGCCGGCUGCAGCAGGAGUUCCAGCGGACCCAGGGCAAGGUGUCCGUCAAGACUUGAAGGGGCAGCGCGGAAGGAGGGGUGGGCUGGCUGGCGCCCCCAGGCCCGCCAUUUGGGCCUUUUGGAUCCCUUCGAAUAAAAUUCUGCUGG